ACCAAAUGUAAUGAUCAGACCACCCAUCCAUGUGAGGCAGACAGUCGCUUGCAUUAAGCGAACUGGUCCGGAUUGAUUCAAGUGCUUUCCUAAUGGGAAAGAAGAGGAAGAGACCCAUUAAGGGUGACCGUGCGCUGGACAGGUUGUCGCAGCCAUGCACCUCUCCAGCAUCCACUUGUUUCAAGGGACAGCGCAGCCUGGCUCGUGAUGAUGCUGCAGGGCACACUCAUCCAGUCAUUUCACUAUACUAUUCUCAGGUUUUAACGCUGAGACAGUACCUUCUACGCCAAAUACCCCUAUCCUCCAAAUCCCGCCGUCGGAGAAUUGUGUCAAUACGUCAUGAGCAGGCUCCUGUCGAGACCAAUGACGAUGGUGGUUCAGGACAACUUGCUAGUUUUCUUGAUACGACGCUGAUAGGCAUAUUGGCCGACUCGCAUCCGACAUGCAACGAGAAGCGCCGGCAAGAGCUAGCUGCAUUUACGCAGUCGCAGUCCAGAUCUGAACAAACCAGCACGGACACUGGACCAGCAUGUGCUCAGGCAGAGAUUUCGUCAUAUCCUCUCUGUUCAGUCGUGACAAAUUCUCCCGUCAAAGGCCCCUUCAUCUAUUGACCCGGGGCUUCAGACGUGAGAGCGUGCAUCCUGCUCAUAGGAAGCGAACGAUCUCAUGCAGUAUUUCAGGCCUCGAGGUGCAG